UAUUGUGAGGUGAAGGGUAUAGUUUUUAAUUUUGAAAAAGCAUCAGGGAUAGCUUAGAAACACCAAAACUCAAACAUCUUCAAAGAUUUAAAGUAAACGAAGCAGACGACGAGACUCUGUUCUUCCAAUUUCUUGCGAAGAAGAAAAAAGAUGGAGAAACGAACAAUAUACCUUUGGGUGAUUGCAGUUCUAACCUUCGUUGUGUUGAUGAUCGUUACUCCUACGAUUCCUCAAUCUCAAGAGUACCACAACUUUGCUGAUCAGCGUCAAUUUUUGGGAAUCCCCAAUAUGCUCAAUGUCAUUUCCAAUGUCCCUUUUCCUGUUACUGGCAUUAUAGGGCUGAUACUUUGUCACUGUGGAAAUUAUUUUAAAUUGAGCUUGCAAGGUGAAGUUUGGGGUUGGACCUUUUUCUACAUUGGUGUUGCAGCUGUUGGUUUUGGUUCAUCUUACUAUCAUCUCCAACCAGAUGAUGCUCGACUGGUGUGGGAUCGCUUGCCGAUGACUAUUGCAUUCACGUCACUUGUUGCAAUUUUUAUUAUGGAGAGGAUUGAUGAGCAGAAGGGUACUGCAUCUAUUAUACCUUUGCUUCUAGCAGGCAUUAUAAGCAUACUGUAUUGGCGGUUUUUUGAUGAUCUUCGUCCUUAUGCAGUUGUGCAGUUUGUGCCUUGCAUAGCCUUGCCCUUGAUGGCCAUUCUAUUGCCUCCCAUGUACACACAUUCCACUUACUGGCUUUGGGCUGCAGCUUUCUAUCUACUUGCAAAGAUAUUAGAAGCUGAAGAUAAACCUGUUUAUGAGUUGACUCAUCAUGUUGUCAGUGGACACAGUCUGAAGCAUUUAUCUGCAGCUGUUGUUCCAGUGUUCCUGACACUCAUGCUUGCAAAAAGAACCAUUGAAACAGAGAGGGUGAGUUUGUUCAUGGUAUGGAGAAGUUCAUGGACUAAAGUAAGUAAAGACGAGAUCAGAGUACAGAGUUCUGAAUACCAUGUAGUUUCAAAUCAAGAAUGAUACUGGAUUUGUUCAUUAUUGGAUAUCAGCAUCUGAAUGCAAAGUGAUGCAGAACAGGUCAACAGGUACUGCUUAAUUCUAUGGUGAAUAAGGCUAAUUGGUGAUGUCUCUUCUUUUCAUCCAUUCUAUGUAAUCUCUGUCUUGUUUCUUUGCUCUUGGCCUGUAAAACUGUACUGUAAAAUGUAAACAGAAGUCUUUCAUAUAAAAUGUAAACAGAAGUGCUAUUGUGCUUGUCGAAUGUCCUAUGAUUAUGCCAAAGAUCGAAGAUGAUUGAACUUUUUA